AGCGUUCGUGUUCAACUAGCUCUUCGGUGGUCAGACGCACGCCGCACGGGCGUUCCAUGCCAUCCGGACGCGUAGCCGCAGAAUCCGCCGCGCGGCCACGAGUUGCUUGUUCGCAUUGCCUUCGUAGCUGCUCGCUCGUUUCAACAUCCCUUUAAAGAUUGUGUCGUCUUGACUCCUGAUUCCGCUCGAAAGGAGAGAGGAUCGCGUUUCGUUUUGGUCGCCAACCACGUCGUUCGGAGACAGAGCAUCUCCAUAGGCGCGGAAAAGAAGCAGAGCAUCAGCAAUGGUCCGGGAGGAGCAGCUGGACCUGGUGCUCGUGCCCCUGGGCCUGGCGGCGGCGGCCGGCUACCACCUAUGGCUCCUCUACACCAUCCUCCGCCACCCAACCCGCACCGUCAUCGGCCUCAACGCCCUCGCACGCAAGCGCUGGGUCACCGCCAUGAUGGCCAACACGGAGAAGAACGGCGUUCUGGCCGUGCAGACGCUGCGGAACAACAUCAUGGCGUCGACGGUUCUGGCCACCACGGCCAUCACGCUUGUCUCCGUCAUCAGCGUCUUCAUCGGCGUCACAUCUCCAGCCUCCUCGUCGUCGUCCAAGGCGCCCCGGCUGGUGUACGGGAGCAAGGACGGGGAGGUGUUCGCGGCCAAGUACCUGGCCGUGUCGCUCUGCUUCAUGCUCGCCUUCGUCUGCAACGUGCAGGCCAUCCGCUUGUACGCGCACGCCAGCUUCCUCCUCGGCGGCCUGCCUCCCGGCCAAGCCGGCGACAGGGAGCGGGAGGAGUUCGCGGCGUACGUGGCGCGUACGGUGAACCGGGGCAGCCACGCGUGGUCGCUUGGCCUCCGCGCCUUCUACGCCUCGCUCGCGCUCUUCCUCUGGACGUUCGGGCCCAUACCGAUGCUGGUGUGCAGCGUGCUCAUGUGCGGCUUGCUCUACUUCCUCGACACCACCAGCGACCACGCGCACGCCACCGGCGCGGGGGCGCACAGCAACGGCAAGCAGGGUGACGACGAGAAGGAUAGCACCGUCUGAUCUGACUCGGUGAGAACGAGACGUAGAUCGUCUUUGAGACGAAUUUGGUUUUCUUUUUGUUACAACUACACUGUACACAUGCUAAUAUCGUAGGCAAAUAUCUAUAUGCUGCAAAAUAGACAUCACAGUGGUUCAGGUCGUUCUUAGUCCAAAACAUAGCCAUCCUAUUUCGACAGAACAAAAAUUCGAGAAACUUGAAUUCUGAAUUGUUGGGACCUUCUUUUGUUGGAAA